AUGGCCCGAAUGCUUCUACCUUUACUCUUGGCCUACUUCCUGGCCUUGACCGGCUUGUCCAAUUCAGAGCACUUCCUGUACGGGCGUCAAUCAGACGUUGAUCCAUUCGAGUCUGGACUUCAGUGUAUAAAUCGCUGCGACGUUGGCGGAGGAUGUAGUGGCUCGUCUUGUCCCAUCGCUGUAAGAUCUGUCCCUGACUACUUCUUCAAUGCGUCUGAUAUCACGGCAAACUUCGCACGAGUGGGCCUGGAUAAGAGAGCGUUCGAGAACCAGAUCACCAACAACGCUGAAGCCGCCGCCCACGUCAUAGAGGAAGUGAGCAAGGGUCCUGAUGGGUUUUUUGAUGACACCGUUGCUGCAGUCUCUUACAUGACGGAGUUUGGGAAUACGCCAUUCACCUAUGGCACCAAGGGCCUUCACGGAUGUACAAUGUUGACUGUGGUGUCCAAAAGAGCAGUGUACAUGGCACACUUCUGGGAGACAUACUCUACGCACGGCGACGACGACAUCGACGACGCCAACAGCAAGCGGCAAUACGAAGAAAGAGUUAUCAAAGCUCUCACACUUACUCCAGUCCCGAACCCUUACAAUCCUCCCGAAGCUCAAAGUCCCUCGGAUAGAACUGCCAGAAACCAUAAAUACAUCAAGCCCAAUGGUGACGUUUUCAAUCCAGACAUGUUCAAUCAGAGAGGAGACAACGCACAGGCCUUCAUCAUGACACCCCUAGAGAUGGGCGUCGGGCCAAACAGCAAAAAAUACGAAUACGCAAAGAAAAUUAAUCUUUUGGUGGAUGAGCUCAAACGUGUGAGGGGCCUGCGAGUCACGAUUGUAGGCUAUCAACGCUUACAGUAUAAAAUCGACGACCAAGGACGUGAAGUGGAAAUGCUCGGCCAUGAGUCUGAUUGGGCAGAGUACACUAACCCUCAAGCUGCCAAAGGUCAUGCACUAUUUGAAUACGAUGGUGAUGGCAAUUGGCGGUUGUUCUACGAGGACAAGUUUUUGCCGGCUGGUAGGAGAAGGUAA